CUUAUGGUUGAAAUGCUGACAACUUGUGUCACUUUGACUUGUUUUGUGGACGUGUUUGCAGUUGCAAUAAAUGAGCAUUGGGGUCCCUGUGGUGUGCCCACCUUCAGCAGAGAGAUUUCAGGGAGGGACUUCUGCCUUGCACCAUUCCACCAGUGGGCAGCGGGAUCCCGGGGAGGCAGAAGACGCACCGCUGCUUGCAGCUGAACAUCCCUCCCCAGACGCAGACACAGCUCCACCAGGCUUCACAUCAUGGAAUCGACUGAUUUUGAUGCGCUUUGUGGAUCUAUCGAUGGACUUGAGCUGGGUCAAGUCUUUGGGUAAUUUCUGCGGGUAGUCCGUGUUGUUUUCUCGCCUUGGGAAUACUUUGUUGGUGUGGAUGGACAUCAAAAAGUGCACAUGCCACUUUUGGGAAGCCAUUGGAUUUAUUUACUUCAUCCUUGUGGCAUUUAUCGGCCUCAGGAAUCUCUCGAUUAAUCGGAUGAAAUAAGAAGUGAAGAUGUAUGGAAUAAACCAGCGCUAUUUUUACAUAUCAUUUAAUUUUUUUGUUUUGUGGUGUCACGCUCAGGGGGAGAAUCACUCGUCUCCUAAUUUUAACCAGUAUGUGAGGACGCAGGGCGCAACGACGGACCAGCUCAGCCGCAGGCAGGUCCGGGUUUACCAGCUCUACAGCCGAACCAGCGGGAAACACGUCCAGAUCCAGGGGAAGAGAGUCAGCGCCACUGCGGAGGAUGGGAACCAGUACGCUCGCCUGUUUGUGGAGACUGACACCUUCGGCAGUCGAGUGAGGAUACAAGGUGCAGAGAGUGGGCUAUAUCUCUGCAUGAACCGGAAGGGAAAACUUGUUGGAAAGCCCAACGGCCGCAGCAGGGACUGUAUCUUCACUGAGAUCGUCCUGGAGAACAAUUACACGGCCCUGCAGAAUGCAAAGUACGAAGGCUGGUAUGUGGCUUUCACUAGGAAGGGGAGGCCAAUCAAAGCCUGCAGGACAAGGGAGAACCAGAGAGAGGUCCAUUUCAUCAAGAGGCUGCACAUGGGCCCGCCUCACUUCCCCAACACGGACCAAAGCAAAUUUGAGUUCAUCCGAUUUCCGCCCACAGGUCGAGCAAAGCGGAACCGGAAAUCACGUACCUCUGAGUAACAAUCAGCCAAAGCAAUGGACUGGCUCAAGCUGUGAGAAAGGAACAACAGAUGCAGUUUUAUUUUUGUAUAUUUUUGAUAUUUG